UAUCAAAGUUGAUACCUCGACCUUAACUCGCCUUCUUGGGAAUUGGUAGCUGAUCGUAUUUGUCAUUUUGAUCUCUCUGCCUCCUCAGACUCCCGCAUUCAUCCGACAGGUGAGAAACAUAAUGGGAGGCUGUGCGGGUAAAUUCAAGGGCUCUGAUGAUUUGCCUCCAGAGCCCCUCCCAAGUGAAGCUCCUGUCAACCCUGACCAGGCUGAGGGAGAGACCGUUGCUCAGGAGAAGGAGGUAGGUGAUCAGAACAAGACAGAAGCACCUUUGGUAGAUGUCUAUGAGAAAAAACCGGAGGGUGAGAAACCCGCUGAGCCAGAAGCUGCUGCUGCUGCUGCUGAGCCUGAGAAGAAAGAUGAAACCCCUGUAGCUAAAUCAGAGGACAAGGUUGAGGCCACUUCUGUCAUCACCGAGGAGCCGGCCAAGGAAACUGAGAAGAAGGAAUCAGAUGUUGCUCCUGCCAAAGAAGCAAAUAAAGAUGCUCCACUAGUUACCGUCUAAUCUGAUCGAGCAUAAAUUGUAUUGACAGACAUUUAUAAAACAGAUAAUCAUAUGUGCAAGAAAUUCCAAAUGUUAAUAUGAGAUUAUUGGUUUUUUA